AAGUUGAAAAGCCUUUCUCGUCUCGGAACGCGGCCAGUCUCGGCGUUCUGGCGCGUGGACCGGACGGAGUCCCGGGUUGGACUUGACCCAGCAGUGGCAGUGCUCACGUAAUAAGCGACCGCCAUGCUGGUGCACGGCCCGCUCCACACUGCGCUGGACUGGGGUCUGGGGGCCCUGCGACUGGGCGUGCUGCUGUGCCUCUCACCGCUGCUACUGCCAGCUCUGGUGCUGCGCACGCUCGGCAGCGGCACCGCCUCCUUCCUGUUGCGGCUGGCGCUGCUGCCGUUUGCACUCACAUACAUGGCCGUCAAGACAGGCUACCACGUGGCACGCGGGGCGGCCACCUCGCUGCUGUCGUUGCCGUACACGCUCAUCAUGGCGCCGUACCGCGUGCUGCGCUUCCUGACCAAGUCCCACGACACAGGUGUCAUGACCGUCACACCCUGAGGGGGCGGGGAAGGUGCAGGUCAGCAUCAGGGAAUGAGUGAGCCAAACGGCAUCAUGGGAGUGGAUGCAUACUAGGGGGCGGAAUGAAUGGCUGCUGCGGAGGUCAGGGGGUGCGGUGGCGGUAGGCAGCUGUGUGCCGAGGGGCUUGGUCAGGGGAUGGAGCUAUGGUGUGCUGGCCUGCUGGUUGUAUAGUCAAGCUUGGUACUGGCGAACACCGGCAUGGGGCAGGGUUGUGAGUUGGGCUGACAAGUGGUACUGUAGAAUGUUGGCUGCACAGCUGCACAGCAUGUGAAGCUGGGGGUGGCAUGGCCAGGGGCUGGAGGUACGCCUUGGUCUGUGUGGGGGUGUGCCGUGUCGGAAGUCUGCGGCGCAGGAAGGGGCGACCAGGGGGCUUCGGCGGCACUACUCGUGCAUCGGGCAAGGAGGCAAGAGGA